CUGAGCUCUCAAAUCCAACUCAAAAAGACAGGGCAGGACACGGCACACUUCUGCAACAGGACAAUAUACAACAUUUAAAGCAAGAUUUCAACAAUUUGAAAACAGCAGCAAUGAAGACAACACUUGCAACUCUGACUUUUUGCCUGGUGGUGCUCAUGGCCACAGGUUUCCCUUUGGAGAAGAAAGGGGGCUCAUCCUCCGGCAGUGCUGCCAAGGAGAAGCGUGUACAGUAUGCAGCGUGGGAUGAUGUGAAUGUCAUUGCUCAUGGUCUGCUGCAGCUGGGACAGGGGCUGAAAGAGCAUGUGGACAAAACCAAAGUCCAGAUGAGGGACAUUUCCACCAAGCUGAAGGUCUUCAAUCGCACAGUGACCGAGCUGGGGAAGGAAAGCCAGAAGCUGCGAGUGGAGGGGGAGGCCCUGAAGGCUCGAGCCCACGGACUGGAGGACAGAGAGGGGCAGCUGCUCAAUGUCACGGCCGAGCUGAGGGAAAAGGCGGAGGAGAUGCAGCACGAGAGGAAGACGAUGAGCGAGAGGAUGAGCCGACUAGAGGAGAGGGUGGACAACAUGCUGCAGGGAGGCGCUGUGCUGCCUGACACCAACGCUGGUGCCAAGAACAACAGUGAUGCUCGCCACAUCCAGCUGAUGCUGGAGGCUCAGAACAAACGCAUUGACGAUCUGAUGGAGCGGAUCAGACUCCAGCAGGAAAAGCUUGACAAGCAGAAUGUGCGCAUCAGGACCCUGCAGAGUCAGGUUCAGCAGUCACGACAGAGACCAUCCCUGAGGAACAGCAACACUGACGCGCAAAGUGCCGUCGCCGAGCAACGCGACUCACCAGUCGAGAUGGCAUCAGACUGUCAUGAGCUCUUCCUGAGAGGUGAGACCACCAGCGGGGUCUACACCAUCCAGCCAAUUAAUGCAGAGCCCUUUAAAGUCUUCUGUGAGAUGACAGCUGAAGGCGGAUGGACAGUGAUCCAAAGGCGCCAAGAUGGCUCUGUGGACUUUGAUCAGCAAUGGCAGGCCUACGAGAAAGGCUUUGGCAGCCUGAAUGGAGAGUUCUGGUUGGGGUUAGAAAAGAUCCACUCCAUUGCUAAAGAUGGUGGCUACAUCCUCAACAUCAAGCUCUGUGACUGGAGUCGUGACUCAGCAGAUAUGCGUCUACCCUUCCAUCUGGGCGGAGAGGAAACCAAGUACUUGCUCACGACUUGGAAGGCCGAAGCUUUCAGCCCCUUGGAGAGUUCCCUGGGGACUGACGCCACCGCCGCCUGCCCUUUUUCCACAAGUGACCAAGACAACGACCAGAAAAACGACAUCAACUGCGCCAAGCACCUCUCUGGUGGUUGGUGGUUCAGUAACUGCGGUCGCUCCAACCUAAAUGGUAGAUACUUCCAAAGCCCCCCCCCCAAGCAGCGGCACCAAAGGAAGCAGAGCAUCUUCUGGAAGACCUUUAGGGGCCGCUACUACCCUCUGAAGUCCAGCAGUAUGAGGAUCGGCCCUGCUGCGAUCGCAAACAAGUCAUAAAAAAUAGAAAGAGACAUAAAGAAAACGUUAAGAUAAAGAGAAGAGUUGGGAAAGAAGUAGAUUUUGGACUAUUCUUUCUGUUCUUGGUGCUUGGUUGAUGAGGUUUCCAUUUUCCCUGGUCAUCUCCCUGCAAGGAAGACCAUACACCAGAGCCAAGGCCCUCAAAAUAGAAGCAAAAAGAACUCACAUUAAAUGAGUUCCAGGUUUCCCCUGCUCUGUUUUCCGAGAGACCAGCCGAUUCCUCCCUUGCACCCAGAGCCACAGAUGGAAAAAGAGACACAGAUGAAACGUACAGUGGAAAGUUUUUCAUAUGUUGUACCAUUGCAGUUGAUUCCUUCUGUUGGCAUUAAGCAAGGACCUCUAGUAAAAAAAACAUCACAGGGCGAGUCCCGACACGUCCACUGUGCUGUGAGCCACAGAGGAUUUCCAACAAGUAGAGACGCAUCACCAGACACGUGGUGUUAAGUGUGUAUGUGGGCUGUUGUUGAGUUUGAAUGUGGUUUUGUAGCAAGUAAACAGCAUUUACAAUUAUUUGUAAAGAAUGCAUGUAGGGGUGAAAUGCAGGCCGAUUAGGCAAGCCUUUUAAACCCAAUGGUGUGGACCAAAUAAUGACUAACUUAAAACAAAGAGUUGUUUUCCACAUGAGCAUGAUGAAAUUUGUGUUCAAAAGCAUUAUGUAAAGUUAUAAAUCACUGUAUACUAGGAUUACGAUGCAGAAACUGUGUCAAAACUGAUGUUCGUGGGCCUGUGAAAACCAUUUCAGCCUUUCGUACAACAUAUUUUCCAUCUACAAUUUUGGAUCAAAUUAAGCAUAUUCUUCACUGAUUAAAAUUUUUCCUUGGUGAUUUUGACAAUGUUAAGUCAUAUUGACUUAUUUUAAUACGAGAGGCAUGGUUUUGUACAUAGUUUCAGAAAUAUAACUGUUACUGAUUUGUUGUAACAUUAUCUGUUGUCCUCAUGACUUGACCGUUUGUUGUUGUAGAUGUUCCCUUUCCUUAUUUAAAUGCUAAAUAAUCAAUAUAUAUAUAUAUAUAUAUAUAUAUAUAUAUAUAUAUAUAUAUAUAAAUAUAUAUUUCUGGUGCUGCCUGUUUGUAAUUUAUAUUUUAUUUUUCGUGUUUACCAGAUGUAAAAUUGUUUUUUAAGAGGCUUUAACCAUUUUGGGGCCGUAGCAAAUAAAAUUGAUCUAAACUAUUA